AUGCUACAGUCAGCUUGCUCCGUAGCUUCCUCGCGACUUGAGAGGGCGGCUACUAUUCAGGCGAAGAUCCCUCCAAAACCACCAGACCCGCCAGAUAAAAUACCGAUAUCGUCGUGCUCGCCCAUCCCUGCCAUGACUCACCACAAGAUUGGAAUGGCACCGGAUCUAGGAGGCCGCCGUAUGGGUCGUGCCUUCGUGGCCCGAUCUCUUCAUCUCUUGAUGCCAUGCCCCCGCUUCGCCACCCUAGAAUCAUGGUCCUCCAUCGCCGGUCGUCGGAGGCGAGAGGAGAUGACUCCACCGGAGACAAAUUGGUUCUCACUAGACGUAGACCACCGUCACAGUGGCUCAAUCUCCCAUCCCUGCGAAAUUUCAAACCUCCUAUACCGUCUCUCACUGUCGGAGAUGGCCGAGAAAGCUGUAUAG